UAUUUCCGGCUCCGCUGCUGCCGGGGUUGGCGCUGGAGGGCGGGUGGAGAGGCUGGCCGAGUGCGCGUCCCCGGCGGUUGGUCAGUGGGAGCCUGUGACAGCUGCGCCAGAUCCCCGCCUCCGGGGGACCGAGGUGCGCGGAGGGAGAGGAAGAAGGAAAAGGCCCGGGUCACGUUUCCACUCCCUUCUGGCCGGAGUGGAGGUGAUUCCCGACAGCAGCGCCAGGGAUCAUCCUCGACGUGCGAGCUGCCGGGCUGCCAGCGGACAGGAGUCUACCAUGGCUCAAGACUCACCCAAAAAUUCAGCUGCAGAGAUCCCAGUGACAAGCAAUGGGGAAGUUGAGGACUCUCACGAGCAUGGCUUUAAUAGGGAUUUGAAGCGCUCAUUACCAGCUGGACUUGGUCUCUCAGAAACCCAAAUCACAUCUCACGGCUAUGACAGUCCCAAAGAGGGGGUUAUUGACGCAGGAACAUUUGAAGGUUCCCCAGCACCUCCAUUGCCAUCUGUUAUGUCUCCUAGCAGGGCUGCAGCUGGCCAGCUGGCUCAACAAGGAGGUGACUUAAUUGUUCCUGCAGGCAGUCAGAAGGCACAGACCAAAAGUGGACCAGUCAUUCUAGCAGAUGAAAUAAAAAAUCCUGCAAUGGAAAAGCUAGAACUUGUUAGAAAAUGGAGUCUAAACACCUACAAGUGCACUCGACAAAUUAUCUCAGAGAAGUUAGGCCGUGGCUCAAGAACUGUGGACCUUGAACUCGAAGCUCAGAUUGAUAUCUUAAGAGAUAACAAGAAAAAAUAUGAAAAUAUUCUACGACUGGCUCAGACACUGUCCACCCAGCUGUUCCAGAUGGUGCAUACACAGAGGCAGCUUGGAGAUGCAUUUGCUGACCUGAGUUUGAAGUCACUAGAACUCCACGAGGAAUUUGGCUAUAAUGCAGAUACUCAGAAGCUACUGGCUAAAAAUGGAGAGACUCUUCUUGGGGCCAUUAAUUUUUUCAUCGCCAGUGUGAACACUUUGGUGAAUAAAACAAUUGAAGAUACGUUAAUGACUGUGAAACAGUAUGAAAGUGCCAGGAUUGAAUAUGACGCCUACCGUACUGAUUUGGAAGAGCUGAAUCUUGGACCACGUGAUGCUAAUACCCUGCCAAAGAUCGAGCAGUCACAGCAUUUGUUCCAAGCACACAAGGAAAAAUAUGAUAAAAUGCGCAGUGAUGUCUCCAUAAAAUUAAAAUUUCUAGAAGAAAAUAAGGUCAAAGUAUUACACAAUCAACUGGUCCUUUUCCACAACGCCAUCGCCGCCUACUUUGCUGGGAAUCAGAAGCAGCUCGAACAGACACUCAGACAAUUCCAUAUCAAAUUGAAAACCCCCGGAGUGGAUGCUCCGUCUUGGCUUGAAGAACAGUAAGACCACAUUUGGAACAAGAAAGAAAGUCACUUCGUUAUAUUUCUAAAGAAACCUGACAAGAAUUAAGCAGAGCCGGGAAGAGGGAAGGGGCGACAAGCAUUGCAGUGAUUCUUGCACAAACAGCUUUACUUUUUCCCUUUUCAUACCUUAACGAUUGAACUGUUCAAUUUGGUGGGGAGGUGGGUGGUUUCGAUGCAAACACACUUUCUGUAAUCUGAACACAACACUUUUCCUUUCUGGGAAAUCCUUUUGUAUUGUGAGAGUUGAUGGUUGUUUCUGUAGUUUGAAGACAUCUAAUACAGAUUUGCACUGACAACAUGAAAAGUCAAGGGUUGGGUCCUAGAGAGGCAGGACAGGUUGUAACUUUUCCAGAGAAAGAUUUACAUGAUUUGUAUCCACAUCAGAUAUUUUAUAUAUGAAUAUAGGAAACAUCUUUAAGAGAUUGGUUUCCCUGGAUUGUCUUAAAGAUUCAAAGAAACUAUUUUACAGAGUCGAGAGUGUAUGGUCUCCCUGCUGCAGCCACCACAGUGGCUCGUGGAAUGAUGGCAGACACCUUUUUAGAAAUGAAUCAGUACCAUUGCGAUUGUGCUUAGACUUUAUUUCUUAAGACGCAGGAAUCAGAGCUCACUUUUGUGAGGCUUUUAAGCGUCUGAGUUGACAUCGCCCAGAGUCACUGGGCAGGGGUUAUUUUAGCUAUUUCUUUUGAUUCACAACAAAACCUGCUUAAGAAAAAAAAAAAUGGCAGGUAGACUUGAAAACAGAAAUUCUUGGUGGUUUCUAGUAUAGAUCAGAAUUGUGUGCUUCGAAAGCAAGUUUUGGGGUAGAUUUCAUUUUGAUAGAAGUGAGUUCCUAGACAGCUUUCAUUGACUUCCAUGUCUAACAAUACCAGUUAUGCCUUAAAUCACAGAUAUGUGCCUUCUCAGAUCCGGUAAUUCUCAUUCAAGCAAUGUACAUAGUCCAUAAAGAAACCCUAUUUCAGAUAAUGUUUGAUGUCUCAUUCCUUGCCCAGUAAGGAAUGCUAUUUGUACAUGUUGAGUUUCUCUGUAUUCGUUCAGCCACAUUGAAGAGUUCUGCUGAAACCAACGUUUAAGUUUGUGAUUUGAUUCUCCUCUAUUCCUUUUAGGGGAUGGGAGGAAAGGAACUUUUUUGUUUGAGUAACAAGGUUAUGUGGGAAAGGAAGGAAGGCUUGGAAAGGCCAUUCCGUUGCUCAGCACUGCUGGCUUUGUGUUGUGUGGUUGGCCUGUUUGGUGUGUGGUUCUAUCAGUAAAUAGUCCUUUUUUUUUUUUUAAUGUAAGGUCCCUUGAUUUUUGUCAGAGCUAUAAAUUAAUACUUGGAGAAGUAUCUCUUUUCCCUGUUCAUUUACUUUGUGUUGAAAUAAAGUACUUAAAUUUACUGUAAUACAUGAACUCUGUGGAGUGUGACAUGUUAUAUAUGUUCAAUGCCUUCUAGCUGGCUUUUAAUUAAUAUGCCUGUUUUCAGUGCUUAAAACAAUGUAAUGUGAUUGUAAAUCAUAUACCUAUUUUAAAUCAUUCCUUCCUGUAUAUUUGUACACCAAGAGCCUUAUUUUAUUCUUCUAGCAGAAUAACUACUUGUGAUAGUUCAUUUACAUUCCCCAGAAUGUGCCUCUGGUGUGAAUUUUGUAUUCUUAUUAAAAGUGUUUGCUGAAGCA